UGGCAACUUGGUUUCAGGGUCAGGUAAUUGGAAAUAGUAAAGAGGUCAAUUUAUAGUUCAUGCAUUACAGAAAUACAUAAUUUCAUUAAAAUUUAAAUUAAUUUUCGUAGUUUUCGAAUACUGGUUUCUAAUAUCAACUUUCAUCACUAAAUUCUUAUGGCUGACACCGAAAAACUAAAUAUUGAUAGCAUUAUUGCUAGGUUGUUGGAAGUCAGGGGAUCUCGGCCUGGAAAAAAUGUUCAACUGAGUGAAGCAGAAAUUCGUGCUUUGUGUCUGAAAUCCCGAGAAAUAUUUUUAAGUCAACCAAUCUUACUAGAACUUGAAGCACCAUUGAAAAUAUGUGGUGAUAUUCAUGGACAAUACUAUGAUCUCCUGCGUCUUUUUGAAUAUGGGGGCUUUCCUCCUGAAAGCAAUUAUUUGUUUUUGGGAGACUAUGUUGACAGAGGAAAACAAUCCUUAGAAACAAUAUGUUUACUUUUAGCUUAUAAAAUUAAGUAUCCAGAAAAUUUUUUCCUUCUUCGAGGCAACCAUGAGUGUGCUAGCAUCAACCGUAUUUAUGGAUUUUAUGAUGAAUGUAAAAGAAGAUACAAUAUCAAGUUAUGGAAAACAUUUACAGAUUGUUUUAAUUGCUUGCCUGUUGCAGCAAUAGUUGAUGAAAAAAUAUUCUGCUGCCAUGGUGGUCUCAGCCCUGACCUUCAAUCUAUGGAACAAAUACGUCGUAUCAUGCGUCCAACAGAUGUUCCUGAUCAAGGUUUAUUGUGUGAUUUGCUCUGGUCUGAUCCAGACAAAGAUGUCAUGGGAUGGGGUGAAAAUGAUAGAGGCGUAUCAUAUACUUUUGGAGCUGAUAUUGUGGGAAAAUUCUUGCACAAGCAUGACCUUGACUUAAUAUGCCGUGCUCAUCAGGUUGUUGAAGAUGGUUAUGAGUUCUUUGCAAAAAGGCAAUUAGUAACAUUAUUUUCUGCUCCUAAUUAUUGUGGUGAAUUCGAUAAUGCUGGAGCUAUGAUGAGUGUGGAUGAUACAUUAAUGUGCUCAUUUCAGAUUUUGAAACCUGCUGAUAAGAAGAAAUUUCCUUAUGGACCUAUGAAUGCAAAUCGCCCAAUCACCCCACCGCGGGGCCAAGUAAAUAAGAAAAACAACAAAAAAUAGUAUUAGUUUAGCUUUUUGUUGAAACAUUUGCAUAAGAUAUUUCUGUAUCCUGAUCCUUGUGUCCAUUAAUGUGUCUGCAGGUCAGGCCGUAAGACAUUUUCCCUCUUUGGAGUCAGUUCACUUUUCAUGAAACUCUUAGUUCAAUUCUGUACUUAUCCAUUUAUGUACUGUAUAUACCACAAACUAUGCAAUAUGUACAAAAAAUGGAUUGUCACAUGUUUCCAUUUCGUCUCUUGAAUAAUAUCUCAUUAUUUGUAUGCCUAAGUUUCCCUUUAGAAAUCUCGAAUAAAGUGUCAGUUCAUUUGUUGCUAGCCGCGGUAUUUUAAGUUUUAGUUCCAAGUUUUUAAAUGAAGACAUGUUAUCUCCUUUAAAGUUAAUGUUUCUGAGCACCAUGUGAAUGUAUUCUUUAUAACCUUGGAAUAGUCCAUCUUCUCUAUGCAAACUUAAAUGCCUAGAACAGUUGUGAAUUUUGGAAAUGUUAAUUUUUGAUAUGGAAAUAAAAAAAAGUAUACUAUACAAAAUAAUUUUUUUACAAACAUUAUGAAAGGCUCUUUGAAUUUUUAUAGAUUUUAAUUUGAUUAUGGUUUAUUCAAAUAUGUACACAACUGUAAAUAAUUUGAAUAUGCAAUGUAAACAAAUUACAAAGCCUUUAGAUUAACGUAUUAUUAACAUUACUAUAAUACUUUUGAUAAACAUUUUUUGCUCUUUCAAUUUUCAUACAUUACUUCUAAGGCAUUUUGUUUAGUGAUUCCUAUUUAAAAAAUUUAUCAAAAUAAAGUGCUUGACAAGAUUUUUUCAUGCAAUUUAAAUAGUUCAAAGUGUUAUAUGCACAUGGAACUUUUUUCUAGGUUUAAAAAUGACUAAUUAUAUACUUGAUUGCAUGUUAAAACAUAGAUUUUUAAUAUGUAAUUUUAUUAUAAGAUAAAAUUUCAGUUGUAUAUGAACUAUUUUUAUUAUUGCCAUUCUUAUGUCUUCUGCUUUGAAAUUUUUGUAAGCAAUUUUAAAAUCGCAAUUUUUGUAAAAGCUCCCUUGUUUUUAUGCAUCAAUAAAAACAUUUUUUAAAAUUGUUGUCAACCUCAUGCUGGAUGACUGCCUCAUGAUAAUUAUUUUAAAGUUUUUUCUAACUUAAUUUCUGUAAAGUAUAAAAGUAUUUCUGUAAAGUACAAGUAAAGCUUGUUGCUGGUGGGCAUUACCGAAGCCACAAUUUUUAUCUGUAAUCAUUACAAUUUCUCUUUUUCAUUUACAACAUUUUCCCUAAGAAUAUAAACCUACUUGUGAUCAGAAAAAAAAAGAAAUUGCAUGCAUUUGAAGUUUUGGAUUAAAAUUCCACCAUUCCUGGAAUUAAAAAAACAUUUUAUUAUCAAUCCAGAGUUGAGUUCAUAUAGAUUAUAAUUGAAUAAAGAAUACUCAAAUUCUCAGCAUGAUUGGUGAAUAACUCUUUGAGCUAGAAUGCCCACCAGUUGGAAAAGAAGUUGUUUCCAGAAAAACUGCUGUGAGUGUUUUCAUAUCUCCAUGUCACUUAAGUGCUCAUAGCAUAGGAAUUUUUCACUGAAAUUUCGGCAACAAACCUUUUACGACACUAAAAAAAGUUGAUUUUUUGAUCUGUAACUUUGUUGAAACUACAUUUGAGGGGAGAGUCAUUUCAACAAAAGUUCAAUUUCUUUUAUUGACAUAGUUAGUCAUACAUUGUCAAUAAUACGGUUUCAACUCAAAUCAUUAAUUUUUAAAAGACUUAAAAUUUAAAAAUAUUAGUUUCGCAAAACCCUUGUGUGAUCUCAGUGGAACCCCGGGGUUUCAUAGGAUACAAUUUAAGAAACAGUGAUUUAAAGAAUAAUUGUUCAUAACUUCUGAACCCCAGCACUUAAAUUUUAUACCAAAAGCAUACAGAAAUAAUAAGUUCCAAAAAGAUCCAAUCUUCAAGAAAUUGCCAAAAAAAGAAAUUUUUUUUUCAGAUAGACUUAAGUAUGGCACUAGAUUGUAUGAUUAGUUGUUUAAUUUCUAAGCAAAUAAGAGGAGUGACUCACAACAGCAAUAUGGUGAAAAUACAAAAAGAGAUCAGAUUCAAAUCAAAGAGGCAAGAUUAGAAAACGGCUAGCUAAAGCUUCGCACAAACUGAAAGAGACUCUACAAAAACAAAAAGGAGUAAAAGUGGUUAGAGAGUUUAAUCUUUCUCUCUUUUCAUAUUAAAUAGUUUUAAGAUUAGAAACAAUUGAUAAAAUUGAAAGCCAAAAUAAUGAGGUCCCAUCGGUUUUUAAUAUAAUCAUAUACCUCCAAAACUAACUUUUUUAGAAUCUUGAUAAAGAAAUCCUACCGUCAAAUAGUGUCAUUAAUUACAAUCACUUCAUAUUUCUGAUCAACAAAAAGAAAAAUGUAAUCACUUUUUUGUAUCUUUUUUCUCAAAAGUCUUAUUCUUUAGCCUGUAUAAUUUGGUCACUUUUCAAGUAGAUUUUCUCACCUUUUUCAAAGGUCUCUCACUCUCCUCAGUCUGUUCAUAAGCUGAUUUAAAAAAAAAAAAAAAAAAACUAACCAAAAGAUUAUCAAAACUUGAUUGGUUGCAACCUCCGAGUAUCAAAGUUAUCCUGUACUCCCCUCCAAAGAUCAAUUCUGGCAGUGCUCUCGUUCAAAUUGAUGAUUUUAUAAAACAAUUUCUGAAUCUCAAUAAUAAAUACUGUAACAAUAUUUUAUAUAAUUGCUCAUAAAGAAAAAAAACACUUAAUUUUCUACUAGGAUAUUCAAUUGACUUUGAUAUUUCCGAGUCGAAACUGAUUCACUAAAACUACAACAAAGAUUUUUAAAAUCCUGUUACUUAAGAGAAUUUUUAUAUUACAGUUGUAAUUAAAUGAGUCUGUUUUAACUAAAAGUCAUGUUUCAUGAUUAAAAAUAAAUUUAAGUAUUAAUAUUCAGAAACGUUUGUUUUAUAAAUUUAAUAAUCUGAGGGAAUAAAAUAUCCAUAAAUAAGACCUAACUCAGUCUGUUUGGUUAAUGAGAAAAUUCGAUACUGCUUAUGAUGCUAAGCUGCUGAAAACACUGGUCAAAAUUCUAACGUUUAAAAUUAGCUUAUGAGUUUUUUUUUUCUCUUGAAAUGAUUGACUGAUUACUUUUUCAAUUUUGAUUAUUGGUGCACCUUAAUGAGUAAUACAAAGUUCCCUUCUGAAAAAAAUGUCACUAAUCAUGGUCCUCCCUUUUGCAAAAUCCAUCUAACUGAAACUACAAUAUUGUGAGUAGAGUUUGAUUAUGGCUCUUGACUUGUGUAACAGAUAAAACUUAAUUUUUGCAACAUAUCUAAUGAAAGAAAAACCAUCACUGUUCGUGUUCACCAAAAUAAUCAUCUAAACAAGAUUAUUCUGAUUAAAGCAUGGACGAUUGAACUUUUUGCUGUGUCAAGAAGUGAACAAGUCAGAAGAACUUAAGCUAUUCCAAAACUGAGUUUUCAUGGAAAGCGCUCAAACAUUUCAUUACAUAGGUGCACCU